AAUGGCCACUCGCAGCAAAUCACGAGGACAUGAUGCGAGCGUCACCGUGGAGCAAUCUGCACCUAAGCAUCGGAAAAUUACAGAAAUUAUUCCAAAAGUUGCGGUGUCACGUCCUGAAUGCAAUGACGUCGGCGAGUCGAAAAAGGCAAAUGCGACUGUUGCAGAUAUCUUCGAGACGUUGGAGUACGGACCAGCACCGGAGUCCUCAGCUGCAGUAGAAAAAUGGCUAGAUGAACAUGACAGGGCGUUUGGCCAUUUUGUGAACGGACAAUGGCUCAAACCUGAAGGUCGGAAGACAUACACCAGCAGGAAUCCAGCUACUGGAGCUGUUCUUGCCACAACUGUUCAAGGAGAACUAGAAGAUGUUGAGACAGCUGUUAGUGCUGCAAGGAAGGCUUUUCAGUCAUGGUCAAAGCUGCCUGGCCAUGUGAGAGCAAGGCAUAUGUAUAGUAUUGCUCGUCACGUGCAGAAGCACAUGCGUUUGUUUGCUGUUUUGGAAAGUAUGGACAAUGGCAAGCCAAUAAGAGAAUCUCGUGAUGCAGAUGUUCCUCUGGUUGCUCGUCAUCUCUACCAUCACUCUGGCUGGGCGCAGUUGAUGAGCAGUGAAAUGGAUGGAUGGGAUCCAAUUGGUGUAGUUGGAGCUAUCGUACCAUGGAAUUUUCCAUUGAUGCUGAUGGCUUGGAAAGUGUGUCCUGCAUUAGCAAUGGGAAACACUGUUGUAUUGAAGCCGGCUACGUACACCAGAUUAUCUGCUUUACUCUUUGCAGAAGUGUGUAUCGAGGCAGGUCUGCCUCCUGGUGUUUUUAAUGUGGUUACUGGAAAUGGAGCAUUUGGAAGUCUCUUAGCUGGGCAUGAUGAUGUUGACAAAGUUGCAUUCACUGGUUCAACUGAGGUAGGUCAGUUGCUACGACGUCUCACAGCAGGAAGUGGCAAGCGUUUGUCACUAGAAUUGGGUGGGAAAUCUCCCUUUGUUGUAUUUGACUCUGCUGAUCUUGAUAGUGCAGUUGAAGGAGUAGUGGAUGCCAUCUGGUUUAAUCAAGGCCAGGUAUGUAGUGCAGGAUCACGGUUGUUAGUUCAGGAAAACAUAGCUGAAAAGAUGGUGCAAAAAAUCAAGGAUCGCAUGGGCCAUCUUCGUGUUGGAGACUCUCUGGACAAGUGCAUUGAUGUUGGAGCCAUAGUUGAUCCUCAACAGAGAAAGUCAGUGGAUGACUUAGUCCAGAAAGCACGAGAAGAACGAGCAGAGAUAUUUCAAUCAUGUGCUUGUAUGCCAUCACAUGGCUGUUUCUAUCCUCCUACUCUCAUCACAAAUGUUCAACCAGUUUCUAUUGUUGUGCAAGAAGAGGUGUUUGGUCCAGUUUUGACUGUUCUAACCUUUCGUACUCCAAAAGAAGCAAUUUCUCUGGCCAAUAAUACACGUUAUGGUCUGGGUGCAAGUGUCUGGACAGAGAACUUUAAUUUGGGUUUGGAAGUAGCAUUAAGCAUUAAGGCAGGCUCGUGCUGGAUCAAUGGGCACAAUAUGUUUGAUUCUGCUAGUGGGUUUGGUGGAUACAGGGAGAGUGGUUUUGGUCGUGAUGGUGGACAAGAAGGUUUAUAUGAAUAUGUGAAGCCUUCAUGGCAGGAGAGACCAAGGCCAAAAGUGGAUGAAGAAGCUGUAAAAGCAUUUGGAAAUUCGGUUCCUCCAAGGCCACUUAAUCCAUCCAAGGACCAGCACCAUCAUUAUGCUGUUACUGCUGAAAUAGAAGGUCACAAUGUUCCAAGCAUUGACCGAACAUUGAAGAUGUACAUUGGUGGUGCACAGAAGCGACCAGAUGCUCCAUAUGCUCGAUCUGUUGUCAGUCCCACUGGAGCUGUAGUCGGUCAGGUUGGAGAGGGAAAUCGUAAAGAUAUCAGAGAGGCUGUUGAGGCAGCACACAAGGCUGCCCCAGGGUGGGGCAAGCGUGCUUCUCACAAUCGGGCUCAGAUUGUCUAUUACAUUGCUGAAAACCUGGAACUGAGAUAUGAGGAGGUGGCAAAAAGGAUAUCGACUAUGACAAGCAAGUCUAUGGAAGAAGCAAAACAGGAAGUUGACCUCGCCAUACAAAGGCUUUUUCAUUGGGGAGCUUAUGCUGAUAAAUAUGGUGGAAACGUACAGGAAACUAAUUUGUAUGGCUGUACUGCUCGAAUUCACGAACCCGUUGGAGUGAUUGGCAUUGCUUGUCCAGAUGACUAUCCUUUGCUUGGAUUUGUUUCGCUUUUUGCUCCAGCUGUUGUAAGAGCAAAUACAAUAGUUAUUGUUCCCAGUGAGAAGUUUCCACUCAGUGCAACGGAUUUGUAUCAGGUAUUUGACACAUCGGAUCUUCCUGGUGGUGUUGUCAAUAUUGUAACAGGCUCAAGAGAUCACCUGACAAAGUAUCUUGCUGAGCAUCAGAAUGUUGAUGCUGUGUGGUAUUUCGGAUCAGCAGAGGGUAGUAAAUUUGUGGAAGAUGUGUCAACUGUCAAUGUCAAGAGGACGUGGGUCAACUAUGGUCUAGGAAGAGACUGGAAAGAUCAGAAACAAGGGCAAGGAGAAGAGUUCCUCCUUCAUUCCACUGAAUGCAAAAACAUUUGGAUCCCAAUGGGUGAGAUAUUUGCCAACUAGUGUGAAGACUCAAGUUUUUGUCUUAUUCCAUGCAGACUGGUUUGUGUAAAUCACAAUUUUGCAGUGUUAACAUUUUUCUAUUGUGCAAAUGUUUCCUCUUUUCAACGCCAAUGUGAAUGAGGAGGGAUGACCAAAUAUUACUGGCACUUUCAUCCAACAA